GAGUCUUGGUUAUCAGUGAUUCAUUCUGUCAGCAGCACAACACACGAAAAAACACCAUAAUGGCUUCUUCAUCAUUUUCUCUUCUUUCGUUUCAGUAUUAGCGUGGUAGUGAGAAAAGAGGAAAUCUAGGUCACACCGAUAAUGGCUUCUUCUUUUUCUGCUGCUGCAAUUCUUCUAGUCUUUAUUCAUUUCCUUGUCAUUUCCUCCUUAACAUCAUCUGCUCAUGAAUUUCCCAACGGUGACAAAAAAAUCGCUCAUAAAUCAGCCUCAUGCAAUAAUCACAAUGUACAGCUGGUAAAGCUGAUGAUGUGGGUAAAUAGUACCAAAGUUGAAAGUGUAGUUGGUUUAAGUGCUGCCUUUGGUGCUCUCUUGCCAAGACAUGCAGAAAAUGCUCUUCGAUAUCCUGCCGCUUUCGCAAACCCCUCCAAUUGCUGCUCAAGUUCAACCUCAAAUUUAUCAAACUCUAUUGCAUUGUCUACACGCGGAGAUUGUUUCUUUGCGAAGAAAGCAGAAGCUGCUGAAUUAAGUGGUGCAUCUGGGUUAUUGGUGAUCAAUAGCAAUGAAGAGCUUUUCAAGAUGUUCUGUUCCGAAAAUGAUACAUCCAUAAACAUAACAAUUCCUGUGGUCAUGAUCACGAAGUCGACAGGAGAGACAGUGAAACAAUUAUUGUUAGCCGGAGGACAGGUGGAGCUCCUAUUUUACUCUCCAAACCUCCUACUAGUAGACGUUUCAGAGAUAUAUUUAUGGCUGAUGGCCAUUGGGACUAUUGUCUGUGCGUCUCUUUGGCCGGAGUUUAUUGCUUCUAAGCAAGGUCACGAGAGUAAUGAUCAGCUGACGCCAAUCGUCUCUUCUGCUGCUGAGACCGUCAGAAAUGACUCUUCUAAGGAGAUUAUUCAUAUCAAUGCUACGGGUGCUGUGGUAUUUGUCAUUGUAGCAUCAGUCCUUCUGAUGCUUCUGUACUUCUUUAUGUCUGCGUGGUUCAUUUGGCUGCUGAUUGUAAUAUUUUGCAUCGGUGGAACUGAGGAAAUGCACGCUUGCCUAGUUACAGGGAUCUUAAGGAUAUUCAAGAAUUUUGGGAAUAAGAAAGUAAACCUUCCUUGUCUUGGGGAGGUAACAGUUCUUUCUAUGGGGGUAUUGUCAUUCUGUCUAGCGUUUGCCGUCUUUUGGGCUGCAAAUCAGCAUGUAUCAUAUGCAUGGUUUGGCCAAGAUGUUCUUGGGAUCUGUUUGAUGAUAACAGCACUGCAAAGAACACGUCUACCAAAUAUAAAGGUUGCUACAGUACUUCUUUCAUGUGCAUUUGUGUACGAUAUAUUCUGGGUCUUUAUAUCUCCACUCAUCUUCAACAAAAGUGUUAUGAUUGCGGUUGCUCAAGGUGACAAUAGUGGUGGAGAAGCCAUUCCUAUGCUUUUGAUGAUCCCUAGAUUUUUUGAUCCAUGGGGUGGAUAUGAUAUGAUUGGAUUUGGAGAUAUUCUCUUACCUGGUUUACUUGUUGCAUUUGCCUUUAGAUACGACAGAUCGAGUAAGAAGGGUAUCCUGAAUGGAUAUUUUCUUUGGUUGACGAUAGGCUAUGGCAUUGGUCCCAUCCUCACAGAUGUUGGGUUAUACUUAAUGGAUGGGCUUGGUCAACCUGCACUCCUGUAUCUUGUUCCUUGUACUUUGGGGCUUAUUGUAAUUUUAGGCUGGGUUAGAGGUGAGCUGAAACACCUCUGGAACUAUGGGUCCUCUGCAUCAGUAUCUAGAGAUCCUUUAGGCGAAGCCUGAGCAUAUUAGGGUUAGUUGUAUCUGAAAGGAUAGAUAACAGGCAGCGGCUGACUCCAUAAAUCGAUCUGUUGAAGCUACCUGCAUACAAGAUAGUGAUUCAAGCUUGUCAAUAUUCAGCAAAAAUCUGUCGGACCAAUUUCGAUAAGAUCUGCCUUAGCAUAUAACUCGAUUAUACCAAAUCAAAUUGUGCAGGAAAUAAUGUACUGUAAUGAUUACACCUAAUCCCACUUUGUUGACCCAAGGUAAGUGGGAAGAAAUCUCGACAAAAUGUACAGUAUAAUUAUUUUUAUUUUUAUACAUACGAUUUUGCCUCGACCA